AUGCCUUUCCUCGAUCUUCCGAAUGCAAAACUACAUUACGAUACCUUUGGCAACGGGCCAUUGCUACUCUGCAUUCCGGGUGCAGACUGCCGUGGAGCUGUUUUCCAUGACGCAGCUAGACACCUCUCCCGCAGCUUCAAGGUAGUUUGCUACGACCGCCCAGGUUAUUCUCAGAGCCAACACAUUGGUGCACAAGACUUCAAGAAUCGGCUCUCGACAGAUGCCGAUGAUGCCAGCGCCUUGAUCGCCCACCUUUCCACCGAAGCUGUUGCAGUCUUUGGCACAUCCUCCGGCGCGAUCGUUGCCACACAGCUCCUGAUUCAACACCCGGACCGAGUGCACACUCUUAUCGCCCAUGAGCCUCCAGCAUUUGCGCUACUGCCUGAGCAAUCGCGUACUCAAGCCGCUGGCCUCAUUAAGCACAUCUACAGUUUGUACCGUGAGCAGGGCGUACAGGCAGCAAUGGAAGUCUUCUCUGGCGGCCUAUCUGCAGGCGAGGAAGGCGCAAAGAUGAGGUUUUGCAUGGAUCCUACGCGGGGAGAUGAGAUCCGUGCAAACUCCAUGUACUGGUUUGAGUUCGAGUUACGCCAAUAUACGUCUGCUUUGCUGGAUCUGGAGGGCAUCAAGGCCGAGAAGACGAAAUUUGUGCCGGCGGCCGGGACCACGUCUGGAGAUGGGCCUGGCGUUGGGCCGAUUACCCUGCUUGCUCACAUGCUUGGCAAGGAGGUAAUGCGGCUUCCUGGGGGUCAUAUCUCAUACAUGCUUGAGCCUGAGGUCUUUGCUGAUUCCUUGGUAGCUUUUUUUAGAGAGUAA